AUGCAACUAUCUCAUAUUUCGUUGGGUCCCUACCAAGCUGAUGUUAGACGGGUGAGCAUUCAUAAACUUCAAAAUCUUGAAGAUAAUGUAUCCCGAAAAACACCGUCAGCAUUCAGCUACAGAAGUUGCGCACAAACCCCAUUAUCAUUACCAGAAAUUGGAAAUGCAUUGAAUGAUGUUAAUAGACCAACAAGAAUGCAUACUGCAUCUAAAAGAUUAAUCCCACCUCGUCGAAUCUGUUUGAUUUUGUUGAUAGCCGGUAUUAUAGCUGCAAUUCUGGCUGGGAUCUCUGGCAUUGUUCUUGCUGUUACAUUACCACGAUCAAAAUCGACUACUUUGACAACAAUUCUCAUUACUACAACCACUUCGACUAUUUCAACCACUACAAGUAUUACAACGAUUAGUACAAGUACUACAAGUAGUACAGAAACUACAAGUAUCACCACAUUUACAUCAUCAACUACAUCAUCAACUACUUCAACAACUUCAACAAUAAGUACCACCACAAGUACAUCAUCAACUACAUCAGAAACUACUUCAACAACUUUAACUACAGAUACCACAACAAGUACAUCGUCAACUACAUCAGAAACUACUUCAACAACUUCAACUACUAGUACCACGACUGAUACAACAACGACAACUACAACAGAAACUACAACUAGAUGCUCAAGUCAUGGUCAUGGCAAUCUAGGAUUACUAAGUGGCUAUGCUUCAUCUUCUUGGACUUCAUAUUCUAAUACAUAUACAGCAACAAAAUCAGAACAUAUUCUUAUAUUUGGAUUUAAAGCAGCUAUUAAUCGAACGUGGCUUAUGGAUGAAGUAUCAGUUGUUGAUAAUGCUGCUCCUUCUGUUCAAUUACUUAACAAUGCAAAUUUUGAAGAUUCAAAUACAUCAAUAUCUGGUUGGACACAAUGGUGUUCAUCUCAUUGUCAUUAUGGUACAAGUGGACAAUUAAUAUCUGGUACAGAUUGUUAUUCAGGAGUUGGUAAUUGUUUCUCAGAUAGUUGCCUUGGUCCUGGUAUUGAUUUUUUGGGUCAAUAUUUUACAAGUACACCCGGAUCAACUUAUACUAUAUCAUUUCAAAUGUUAUUAACAGGAACAGAUGGCUAUUAUUAUACUACGUUCUAUGCUGAUAUACUUUAA